AUGGGUGUUGGUGAUACUAUCGCAAGAAUGUGUCAAACUUUCGCAAAUAAUAUUCCUUUAAUAUCAGCAACAGGUAAUGCCGGAAAUGUUACAUCUGGUGAUGAUGCUGCUGCACCAAGAUAUCUUGAUGUAUUAAUGCCUCAGUUUACAAAAGAUAUAUUAUUUGAUGAAUUUGAUGGUAUUGGAUAUACUUUAUCAUCUGAUGUACCACCAUACAAUUUAGCUGAAGUAGCUGAUGCAACAAUUAAACUAUUAAAGAACCCAUCAGCUAAAGUAAAUCUUGUACCAGAUUUGCCAACAGGAUGCGACAUUAUUGUUGUUGAUGAUGAAACAUUCGUAAUGCAGUCAUCAUAUGAAAUUGAUAAUGAUGGUCCAAAUCCAAUAAAAGAAAUCUUAUCAGCAGAUGAUGAAUCUGAUCUUCUUAAUAAUGAUUUUAGAUAUAUCAUUAGAUGUAAAAGAAUACAAACUUCCGAUUUGAAUAAAGUAUCAUCAGUAGAUGCAGCAGGUCAGUUCAUAAUAAAAGGUGAUAAUGAAACAAUGGGAAUGUUUUAUGUUAAUUCAAGAAAGCCGUAUAUUUUAUAUGUUACCCGACUUGGUAGAAUUCGUCUCAAUCAUUCUAAGUUUUUAACAACAGGAAAGAAAUUCGGUGAUCCAAAACCAAUAAUCAAAUUAUCACCACAGGAUGAUUUAGUUGCUGUAUUCUGUGUUGAUAAGGAUCAGUCAGUAACAUUAAAUCAUGCAGAUUCAAGAGUAUCAACAAUUAAUAUUGAUUCAUUGAAUGUAUCAACAAUGGCAUUACCACCAGAACGACCAAAGCAUGUUCCAGGUGUAAAAGUUAUAAGAGCAACAAUAUCAUGA